AGUACCAUAGUUAGGCUUGAAGAGGCAGCUCUAAGGCAACUAGCUUAGGAUCUUCCUUCAACCUCUUAGCUUCUCAAAACUAGCUAGCUCUCUCUCCCUCCUUCUCUCACUAGAUCGACUGGACCCCAUUUCUCUUAUUACUCAAGUAUGGUCGGACCUUCACUUGACACCACCAAGCUUCACCUCAAAGCCCCCUCCUCUGCCCCUGCCACCAUCAAGUUCCUCUGCAGUUAUGGUGGCAAGAUCAUCCCCCGUUUUCCCGAUGGUAAACUCCGUUAUCAAGGUGGCGAGACCCGUGUCAUCGGCGUCGACCGUUCCAUCUCCUUUGCUGAGUUAUUGUUGAAGCUUGGAGAGUUGUGUGGCACAUCAGUGAGUCUCCGUUGUCAGUUGCCAAAAGAAGAUCUAGACGCUCUGGUAUCGAUCACCUCGGAUGAGGAUCUAGCAAAUCUCAUCGAGGAAUACGAUCGAGCAGGAGCAGCAACCCCGACUGCAUCUUUAAAGAUCAGGGCCUUCCUUUCGCUCCCGAAAAAAAUAUAUUCUUCCUCUUCCAAAUCAUCCUCAUCCUCCUCCUCCUCCUCCUCCCCCUCCUCACCCUCUAAUAGCUAUGGUGGUGCCACCAUUGCUUCAACUUCUACCACUCCAAGGUGCUACUAUCAUCAGAUGUCGAAGCCAGUAGCGUUUUCUUCAAAGAAGAAGACUCCUCCGCCUCCUCAGUAUCAAUAUGGUUACCAUGCUCAUGGGAAUCCUGGCCAUAUCUACCUUGUUCACAACGGGAAUCAUUGGCAAUAACUGCAGACUCAAUUGAACUGAGACCGGACAUAUUUGGCAUAUAUAAAUGGAAAGAACAACGUAUAAUAUAACUAAAGAAAAAUAGAAUUGGAAAGGGGAAUACUGGAGCUUGCAGUAGCUAAGAUGAUCAUGAGAUAUAUGUAUUUGGUGACUGUAAAUCGUUAAGAAGGGAUUGCUUUUUUUGGUCCUGAAAAUGAAUGAAUUUCCAGUCCAAUGUUUUCAUUUGGGUUCAAAA